CUGGGUCUCACGUGGUAGCGGCGGCGGCUGUGAUGGCUGAAGCCCUGGAGGGUCUGGGUCGCUUCAAAGCCAACUAUGCUGUGGAACGCAAGAUCGAACCUUUCUACAAGGGCGGGAAGGUGCAGCUGGACCGGACCGGGCAGCACCUCUUCUGUGUCUGCGGGAACAGAGUCAACAUCCUGGAUGUGGCUUCAGGGGCUGUGCUGCGGGGCUUGGAACAGGAGGAUCAAGAGGACAUCACAGCCUUUGACCUAAGCCCUGAUGAGCAGGUGCUAGUGACAGCUAGCCGUGCCCUGCUGCUGGCUCAGUGGACAUGGCGAGAGGGCACUGUGGCUCGCCUGUGGAAGGCCUUGCACACUGCUCCUGUGGCCAGCAUGACUUUCGACCCCACAUCCACUCUGCUGGCCACAGGGGGCUGUGAUGGGGCCCUGCGUGUCUGGGACGUGGUUCGGCAUUAUGGGACACAUCUCUUUCGGGGCUCGCCUGGUGUAGUGCACCUGGUGGCCUUCCACCCAGACCCGAAGCGCCUGCUGCUCUUUUCCUCUGCUGCUGAUGCCGCCAUUCGUGUGUGGUCCCUGCAGGAGCGUGUUUGCCUGGCCACGCUCACCGCUCACUAUAGUGCUGUCACCUCCCUGAACUUUACUGCUGAUGGCCACACAGCACUCAGCUCAGGCCGUGACAAAAUCUGUGUGGUGUGGGAUCUCAUGAAGUGCCAGGCCAAAAGGACCAUUCCUGUGUUUGAGACAGUGGAGUCUGCGGUGUUGCUGCCCGAAGAAUCGGCCCCGGAGCUGGGCGUGAUGUCCAAAGGCCUGCAUUUCCUGACAGCGGGUGACCAAGGUGUUCUACGCGUGUGGGAGGCUGCCUCUGGACAGUGUGUGCACACGCAAGCAAGACCUCCGGGACCUGAGCGCCUGCUGACACACUGUGUUCUGGCCGCCAGCGCUGGCCUAAUCCUCAGUGCCACGGCUGACCAUGACCUGCUGCUCCAUGAUGCUGCUUCACUGAAGCUCCAGAAGCAGUUUGCUGGCUACAUUGAGGAGGUGUUGGACGUCCGGUUCCUUGGCCCCGAGGACACGCACGUGGUGGUGGCUUCCAACAGCCCCUGCCUGAAGGUGUUUGAGCUGCGCACGUUCUCCUGCCAGAUUCUGCAUGGCCACACAGAUAUCGUCCUGGGCCUGGACGUGUUUCGGAAAGGGUGGCUUUUUGCCAGCUGCGCGAAGGAUCAGAGCAUCCGUAUCUGGAAGAUGAGCAAAGCUGGCGACGUGGUCUGUGUGGCACAUGGCUCUGGGCACACUCACAGCGUGGGUUCCAUUUGCUGCUCCAGGCUGAAGGAGUCGUUUGUGGUGACGGGCAGCCAAGACUGCACAGUGAAGCUCUGGCCCCUCCCGGAAGCACCACUGUCCCAGAGUGCAGCCAAGGCUGGGAGCCCUGUCCUGCUGCAGGCUCAGGCCACGCAGCGCUGCCAUGACAAGGAUAUCAACAGUGUAGCAGUGGCCCCCAAUGACAAGCUGCUGGCGACGGGCUCCCAGGACCGCACGGCUAAGCUCUGGGCCCUGCCUCAAUGCGAGCUGCUGGGCAUCUUUUCAGGCCACCGGCGUGGCAUCUGGUGUGUCCAGUUCUCACCUAUGGAUCAGGUGUUGGCCACAGCCUCAGCUGAUGGCACCGUCAAGCUGUGGGCACUGCAGGAUUUCAGCUGCCUCAAGACAUUUGAGGGCCACGACGCCUCCGUGCUCAAGGUGACCUUUGUGAGCCGAGGCACACAGCUGCUGUCUAGUGGCUCUGAUGGGCUCCUGAAGCUCUGGACCAUCAAGAAUAAUGAGUGUGUGAGGACUCUGGAUGCCCAUGAGGACAAGGUCUGGGGUCUCCACUGCAGCCGGCUGGACGACCGUGCCCUCACUGGCGCCAGUGACUCCUGUGUCAUCCUCUGGAAGGACGUGACGGAGGAAGAGGAGGCCCAGAAGCAGGCCAAGAUUGAAGAGCAGGUGGUGAGGCAACAGGAACUGGACAACCUGCUACACGAGCGGCGCUUCCUGCGAGCGCUGGGCUUGGCCAUCUCCCUGGACAGGCCCCACACUGUGCUUACCGUGAUACAGGCCAUUCGCAGGGACCCUGAGGCCAGUGAGAAACUGGAAGCCACCGUGCUCUCACUGCGGCGGGACCAGAAAGAGGCCCUCCUACGCUUCUGCGUCACAUGGAACACCAACACCCGCCACUGCCAUGAGGCCCAGGCCGUUCUGGACGUGCUGUUGCACCACGAGCCCCCAGAUGAGCUUUUGGCCUAUGAAGGGGUGCGGACCUCACUCGAGGCCUUGCUGCCCUACACAGAGCGCCACUUUCAGCGACUCAGCCGGACCCUGCAGGCCGCCACUUUUCUGGACUUCCUGUGGUGCAACAUGAAGCUGGCACCACUCCCUGCCGGCCCCCCAGCCCUCUGAGGCUCUGCACAGCCACAUGGACAUUUGGGGUUGAAGCUUUAUUGCAGAAAGCCGGACUUCUGAGGCUCCUAAGUGGGUCCUGGGCUCUCAGCCAGGCUCUGAGCCAGCUGUGGGCCCUCCAUCUCUGGAUCCUGAGCCCCAGGGUCCCCUGUAGUGCCCUGGAGGGGAUGCUGCAGCUGUGGCUCCAGAUGUCCCUCAGGGGCAGGCACCAUUGGAGCCUUAGGAGCUUCCUCUGAGGCGCACCCUCAGGGUCGGGUUUCAACAUUGAGAGCAGUGAGAGAGAGGAGACCCGUGAGAGGUUAUGUCAGUGCCUCCCCAUCUCCUGCCCAGCCACUGGCCAAGAUAGAUUCUCUUUAUAAGCUCGUGGCCCUGCUGGAAGCUCAGAAUUGAGACCCUGAGCAAGGAUGCCCGAGGGUUCUACAAAGUGUGGGGUCAAGUCCCACACUACUAUGAAUUCCACUCUGAAUUUCUAUUGACAGAAGGAACCAUUAAAACUCAAUGUGGGUUGGUUACCACCCUCCAACUCUC